AAUGCUUUAUUGUGAUGAAAACUGAAGUUAGAAAAGAUUGCAGAGCUCGCUGACUUUCCAUGGUGGAGUCACUGUGUCUUCCGGCUCCCUCCAGCUCUCGUUCACAGGUCUGAAGUCCCAGUGUUAAGUAUCAUGUGGCCCCAAGGAAUCAACCAGCUGUGUCUUCCUUCACCUUCCCAGACUCACUGACACCUCUCAGUCCUCGGUCCUGCUUUUCCAUCUCACAGGGUUGUUGACUGCAGAUUGCAAUUACCAUGUCUGACUCAGUAAUUCUUCGCAGUGUGAAGAAAUUUGGAGAGGAGAAUUAUGCUUUUGAGUCAGACAGAUCACAUAACAAUGAUAAGAAACCAAGAUUACAAGAUAAGAAGAAAAGUGAUGGCAUACAAGUUGGCUUCUUUCAACUGUUUCGAUUUUCUUCAUCAACUGACAUUUGGCUGAUGUUUGUUGGAAGUUUGUGUGCAGUGCUCCAUGGAUUGGCCCAGCCAGGAAUGAUUCUUGUUUUUGGUUUAAUGACUGAUGCUUUUAUUGAGUAUGACAUUGAAAUACAAGAACUCAUGAUUCCAGGAAAAGCAUGUGUGAAUAACACCAUAGUGUGGAUCAACAGCUCCCUCAACCAGAAUGUGACAAAUGGAACACGUUGUGGGUUGCUGGACAUUGAGAGUGAAAUGGUCAUGUUUGCUGCAAUCUAUGCUGGAACUGGCAUCGCAGUACUUAUUUUGGGAUAUAUUCAGAUAUGCUUUUGGGUGAUUUCUGGAGCUCACCAGGUAAAAAAAAUGAGAAAAACUUACUUUGGAAGAAUUAUGAGAAUGGAAAUUGGAUGGUUUGACUGCAAUUCUGUGGGGGAGCUGAAUACAAGAUUCUCUGAUGAUAUUAAUAAGAUCAAUGAAGCCAUUGCUGACCAACUGGCCAUUUUCAUUCAGCGCAUGACCUCGGCCAUCUGUGGGUUUCUGUUGGGAUUCUUCAGGGGCUGGAAACUGACCUUGGUUAUUAUUUCUGUCAGCCCUCUCAUUGGGGCGGGAGCAGCUGUCAUUGGUCUGAGUGUGGCCAAGUUCACAGACCUUGAGUUGAAGGCCUAUGCCAAAGCAGGGUGUGUGGCCGAUGAGGUCAUUUCAUCUAUGCGGACAGUGGCUGCUUUUGGUGGUGAGAAAAAAGAGGUCAAAAGGUAUGAAAACAAUCUUGUGUUUGCCCAGCGCUGGGGAAUUAGAAAAGGGAUGGUGAUGGGGUUCUUUACUGGAUACAUGUGGUGUCUCAUCUUCCUUUCCUAUGCGCUGGCCUUCUGGUACGGCUCCAAACUCGUCCUGGAGGAGGAAGAAUAUACUGCAGGAACCCUUGUCCAGAUCUUCCUCAGUGUCUUAGUAGGAGCUUUAAAUCUUGGGAAUGCAUCUUCUUGUUUGGAAUCCUUUGCCACUGGGCGUGCAGCAGCUGCCAGCAUUUUUGAGACAGUAGACAGGAAACCUAUCAUUGACUGCAUGUCCGAAGAUGGUUAUAAGCUUGAUCGAGUCAAGGGGGAAAUUGAAUUCCACAAUGUGACCUUCCACUAUCCUUCCAGACCAGAGGUGAAGAUUUUAAAUAACCUCAGCAUGGUCAUUAAACCUGGGGAACUGACGGCUCUGGUAGGAUCAAGUGGAGCUGGGAAAAGCACAGCACUACAGCUCAUUCAGAGAUUCUACGACCCCUGUGAAGGCAUGGUGACUCUGGAUGGCCAUGACAUUCGCUCUCUUAACAUCCAAUGGCUGAGAGAUCAGAUUGGGAUUGUGGAGCAAGAACCGGCUCUGUUCUCCACCACGAUUGCAGAGAAUAUCCGUUACGGCAGAAAAGAUGCAACAAUGGAAGAUAUCAUCCAAGCUGCCAAGGAGGCCAAUGCCUACAACUUUAUCAUGGACUUGCCAGAGCAAUUUGACACUCCUGUUGGAGAAGGAGGAGGCCAGAUGAGUGGUGGCCAGAAACAAAGGAUCGCCAUCGCCAGAGCCCUUGUCCGAAACCCCAAGAUCCUCCUUUUGGACAUGGCCACCUCAGCACUGGACAAUGAGAGUGAAGCCAUGGUCCAAGAAGCACUGAGUAAGAUUCAGCAUGGGCACACAGUCAUCUCAAUCGCCCACCGCCUGUCCACGGUCCAAGCAGCGGAUGUUAUCGUUGGUUUUGAACACGGCACAGCAGUAGAAAGAGGCACCCAUGAAGAACUGUUGGAAAGGAAAGGGGUCUACUUCACCCUAGUGACUUUGCAAAGUCAUGGAGAUCAAGCCCUUACUGAAAAUCCUGUAAAGGAAAAAGAUGCAACUGAAAAUGACAUACCCAGGACCUUCAGCAGAGGGAGCUAUCAGGACAGUUUACGAGCUUCCAUCCGGCAACGCUCCAGGUCUCAGCUUUCCCACCUGGCUCAUGAACCACCAUUAGCCAUUGUAGAUCAUAAGUCUGCUUAUGAAGAUGGAAAGAACAAGGACAUUCCAGUGGAAGAAAAAGUUGAGCCUGCCCCAGUGAGAAGGAUUCUGAAGUUCAAUGCUUCAGAAUGGCCCUACAUGGUGGUAGGAGCCGUGGGUGCAGCCGUCAAUGGGGCAGUCACGCCCCUAUAUGCCUUCUUAUUCAGCCAGAUUCUCGGGACUUUUUCACUUCCUGAUAAAGAGGAGCAGAGGGCACAGAUUGAUGGUGUGUGCCUACUUUUUGUAACAAUGGGCUGUGUGUCUUUUUUCACCCAAUUUUUGCAGGGAUAUACUUUUGCUAAAUCUGGAGAACUCCUCACAAAAAGGCUGCGUAAAUUUGGUUUCAAGGCAAUGCUAGGGCAAGACAUUGGUUGGUUUGAUGACCUCAGAAAUAGCCCCGGGGCGCUGGCCACAAGGCUUGCUACGGAUGCUUCCCAAGUUCAAGGGGCUGCUGGUUCUCAAAUCGGGAUGAUGGUCAAUUCCUUCACCAACGUCUUGGUGGCCAUGAUCAUCGCCUUCCUCUUUAGCUGGAAGCUCAGCCUGGUCGUAGUGUGCUUCUUCCCCUUCUUGGCUUUAUCAGGAGCCCUACAGACCAAAAUGUUGACAGGAUUUGCUGCUCAAGACAAAAAGGCUCUGGAGAAAGCAGGGCAGAUUACCAAUGAGACCCUCAGUAACAUUCGUACUGUUUCUGGGAUUGGAAUGCAGAAGCUCUUUAUUGAAGAAUUUGAUGCUGAGCUGGAGAAGUCAUUCAAAACAGCCAUUAAAAAAGCAAAUGUCUAUGGAAUCUGCUUUGGCUUUUCCCAAGGCAUACCAUUUAUUGCAAAUUGUGUUUCCUACAGAUAUGGAGGCUACUUAAUUCCCAAUGAGGGGCUCCAUUACAGCUAUGUGUUCAGGGUGAUCUCUGCAGUUGUGCUGAGUGCAACAGCAGUUGGGAGAGCCUUCUCUUACACCCCAAGUUAUGCCAAAGCUAAAGUGUCAGCUGCACGCUUUUUUCAACUGCUGGACCGAAGACCUCCAAUCAGUGUAUACAGUAAUGAGGGUGAAAAAUGGGACAAUUUCCAGGGGAAGAUUGACUUUGUUGACUGUAAAUUUACAUAUCCUUCUCGACCUGAUAUGCGAGUUCUGAAUGGUCUCUCAGUGUCGGUUAAUCCAGGACAGACAGUGGCGUUUGUUGGGAGCAGUGGGUGUGGCAAAAGCACCAGUAUUCAGCUGCUGGAACGGUUCUAUGAUCCCGAUGAAGGGAAAGUGAUGAUAGACGGACACGACACCAAAAAAGUGAACGUCACAUUUCUCCGCUCGAACAUUGGGAUUGUUUCCCAGGAGCCGGUGUUGUUUGCCUGUAGCAUAAAGGACAACAUCAAAUAUGGGGACAACACCAGAGAUAUUCCCAUGGAAAGAGUCAUAGCAGCUGCAAAGCAGGCUCAAUUGCAUGACUUUGUUAUGUCACUCCCGGAGAAAUAUGAAACUAACGUCGGGACCCAGGGGUCUCAACUCUCUCGGGGGGAAAAACAGCGCAUUGCUAUUGCUCGUGCCAUUGUACGAGAUCCUAAAAUCUUGCUACUAGAUGAAGCUACUUCUGCCCUAGACACAGAAAGUGAAAAGACAGUGCAGGUUGCUCUAGACAAAGCCAGAGAAGGUCGGACCUGCAUUGUCAUUGCCCAUCGCCUGUCCACCAUCCAGAGCUCAGACAUCAUUGUUGUUAUAUCCCAAGGAGUAGUCAUUGAAAAAGGAAGUCACGAAGAACUGAUGGCCCAGAAGGGGGCCUACUACAAGCUGGUCACUACUGGAGCCCCCAUCAGUUGACUUCACGCAAGAACUCUAUGUACCAAUGAUGCUCAGAGUACAGGUGUGCUGCAGGUUGUUGCAUCUUUACAGGGCAGUGUUAAUAUCCUAUGUUUGUAGACAUGGUCACACACUGGGAUCCAAGCUAAUUUCUAAUGACCUUCAAUAAUAAUUAAGUUUGAGAUGUCCAUAUAGAAAAUGAAAGAAACCAGGGUCCUUAUGAGUAAGAAUCCAAAGCGAGAGAAGCCCGUGAGCAUCUCAUUUUGUACCAUAGACCCCGAGAAAGGCUCAGGAUGUAAAGUCCUUGGUCUUUCUGGAAGUGGGGAGAGAGGGACACAUGGGGCUGAAGAUAGAAGAAUGGGCUGAAAACCUGUGAAGAAGCAGAGACAUAGAGCCCCUGCCACAGGCUGGCUGGUUUAGCCCAGUGCUGGCAGAACCGUUAGCGGCUCUCUCUCCAGGGGAGCUCACAAGUAGGCUUGCACAUGAGGACACAGACUGCAGUUAAAGUGGUGGUUGACAGAGGAGACAGGAUUGAGUGUAAGGAAAUAUGUGAACAGAAAAUCUUCCAGCCAUCUUCCUCUGGCAGGAGACUGGAAAAUGAAUGGUCAAUACAGGAAAAGAUAUCUACGGUCUCAAUGCUAAAAAUCUUUCCAAAAACAUCCCUAGCCAGAUAGAUUAUUCUACUGUGAAGCACACUGGCUAACAACAUGCACGCGCUGGCUCAGAGCUUUCCAGGCUUUUCAGUGUCUCAUUCUUGCAUAGGAACAGACUGUCCAAGAUCUCCAGGAAAAACAUUAACAUAUAAAGCAAAAGCAGUGACAGAAGACCCCCCCACACACAUACACACAGAAGGGAAAUUACAGGCAACAGAGAUAGUGCGAAGAUUAGGAAAACACUCACAUUCACUCAAUGAGACAAGAGAUACUUCCGCAUAUUCAGGUAAAAACAGGAGUCCGGAAGAAUGAACAUAUACAAAUAAGCACACAAAAAAGAGCUCUUGAUAGUAGAAAUAAAAAUUUAGCCCCUACCCAACUGUUCCAUCAUCACAGUGUUGUCUUCCACUGUUUUGCUCCCAAGCCACUCUGUGUUUAUAUAUUUUCUUCCCAUGGUGAAGAAAUGAGCUUAUGACUACAAAGCAUAAGCCUGUUCAGUAUUUCUUGCUAAAUAACUGCUAAGAUGGUUUAACAGGUUAACUGUUCAGGAUGGAACUAUUGCUGGUUGCCAAGUUGAGGAGGUGGAGGGGUAGAGGAAUUCAGUCUAGUUGUGAAAAAAGACAGUUCUGAAACUUGCAGAAUAAAGAUGCCUACUAGAAGGACUUAAAUGGAACACAUGCUCAUUCUCUAAUCUUGAAAAAAGGAGCUAAAGUCUGCUUGUAAAGUGGAUUUUCAAAGAGAAAAACAUGGACGUUGUCCUGGGAGGUUGCCAGUUUCCUAGAAUGGAAUUUAUGUGGUAUAAAAAAGGAAUGAAUGAGUUGGCUUUUCAAAUAAGGCAUUUGAAAAUUAUUUAUGAGUGGAGAAAGACUGACCAGACAGAAUGUAAAAAUGAUUUGGGAAAACAAUUGCUUUCUGAGACUCAGUGACUAGGGAGAAGAUUACAACUUCAAAAAUGAAUAAAUAAAUAAAGUUGCACAUUUAUUUUUUAAUACCA